AUGGCACUCCGGAGAUUCUACGCUUUGGAAGCAAAACUGCAGAAAAAUCCGGAGAUAAAGAAGCAAUACGAUGAUUUCCUGGAAGAGUAUGAGCAACUUGGACAUUGUGUGGAAGUCCGUGAAAUGGAUGAUCCCGUCGGUUUGCAGAAAUGGUAUCUGCCGCACCAUGUAGUGCUAAGGCCAUCGAAGUCAACUACCAAGUGCCGCGUAGUAUUCGAUGGAUCAGCGAAGAUAGGUGGAAUGUCCUUGAAUGAUGCGAUGAUGAUCGGUCCUACAAUCCAACCCGAUUUGCUGACGAUUAUUUUGAAGUUUCGCGUAUUUCGGUACGUGUUAAGCGCUGAUAUAGCUAAAAUGUAUCGGCAAGUGCAGAAAGCAAAAUGCCACACUCCGUUACAACGCAUCUUCUACCGGAAGAACCCUAGUGAUCCACUUAGAGUGUUGGAAUUACAAACUGUGACCUACACCACAGCUUCCGCCCCAUUUCUAGCUAUUCGAGCAUUAUACCAACUAGCAAUAGAUGAGGAGGAGUCACAUCCUGGGGCGGCAAUGUUAGUGAAGAAGAUGUUCUACGUCAAUAAUGUACUAUUCGGCGGCGACGACUUGGAAGAAGUGCGAAAAUUUCAAGGAAAAUAG